CGCAUGAGGGCAGCGGCCAUAGGGAUGGCUUCCAGCUUGCCGGAGCCCUCGCAGGGAAGCGCGUCCCAGGACCCCAGGCUGGAGCUCACCGAGGAGCAGAAGAGGGAUAUCCGCAAAGCUUUCGACAUAUUGGACACGGACGGCGAUGGGCGUGUGGAUGUGAAGGAGCUAAAGGUGACCAUGAGAGCACUUGGGUAUGAACCUAGAAGAGAAGAGAUCAAGAAAAUGGUAUCAGAGAUCGAUAAGGAAGGAACAGGGAAAAUCAGCUUCAGUGGCUUCUUAAGAGUGAUAACACAGAAAAUGGUUGAAAAAGAUUCCAAAGAGGAGAUUCUCAAAGUCUUCAAGCUCUUUGAUGACGAUGAAACUGGUAAAAUCUCUUUCAAAAACCUCAAACGUGUUGCCAAAGAACUGGGGGAGAAUCUCACGGAUGAGGAGCUGCAGGAAAUGAUCAAUGAAGUGGACAGAGACGAGGAUGGGCAAGUGAACGAGCAGGAAUUCCUGAGCAUCAUGAGCAAGACCAGCCUUUACUGAAACAGUUUCACUUCUGUUUUGCAUAUAUGUAUAAACAUUUAAUAGGUGCCUCACUUUUUUACAGCCUUUAUUUCUUUUCAGACCAAAAAAUGCUGGUCAGUGUUCUCGAAGUGAAUGUUCUUACACUUG